CCUCAGUUCCUCAUUCUUUCUAGUUUCUGCGAUCGAUCGGAGAGAUGGCGACCCCUAUGAUGGAAGAUUCCGAAGACGAUCAGCUCGCCUCCAAGACCACCGACGAGAUUCUAAGAGCUUCCCGUCUUCUCGAUACCGACAUUCGCGUCCUCAAGGAAGAGUUGCAGAGGACAAAUCUUGAGCUUGAGUCAUACAAGGAGAAGAUAAAGGAGAAUCAGGAAAAGAUUAAGCUUAACAAGCAGUUGCCCUACUUGGUGGGCAACAUUGUUGAGAUUUUGGAGAUGAAUCCGGAGGAUGAAGCUGAGGAAGAUGGUGCUAAUAUUGAUCUUGACUCACAGAGGAAGGGUAAAUGUGUUGUACUGAAAACAUCUACCCGUCAGACCAUCUUUUUACCUGUGGUUGGGUUGGUUGAUCCUGAUAAGUUGAAACCUGGUGAUUUGGUUGGUGUCAAUAAGGAUAGCUACCUGAUAUUGGACACCCUGCCAUCAGAGUAUGAUUCCCGGGUUAAGGCAAUGGAGGUUGAUGAGAAACCAACUGAGGACUACAAUGACAUUGGUGGGCUGGAGAAGCAGAUCCAAGAGCUAGUUGAGGCCAUUGUGUUGCCCAUGACACACAAAGAGAGGUUUCAGAAGUUGGGCAUUCGUCCGCCCAAGGGGGUGCUUUUAUAUGGACCUCCUGGGACUGGGAAAACAUUGAUGGCCCGUGCUUGUGCUGCACAAACAAAUGCUACCUUUCUUAAGCUGGCAGGACCACAACUGGUGCAGAUGUUCAUCGGAGAUGGAGCAAAACUUGUUCGUGAUGCCUUUCAGCUUGCCAAAGAGAAAUCUCCCUGCAUUAUUUUUAUAGAUGAAAUUGAUGCAAUUGGAACAAAGCGGUUUGAUAGUGAAGUAAGUGGAGAUAGGGAGGUGCAGCGUACAAUGUUGGAAUUGCUCAAUCAGCUUGAUGGUUUUAGCAGUGAUGAACGUAUUAAGGUGAUAGCAGCAACUAACCGUGCUGAUAUCCUGGAUCCUGCACUCAUGCGAUCUGGUCGAUUGGAUCGCAAAAUUGAAUUUCCACAUCCUACUGAGGAAGCAAGGGCUCGAAUCUUACAGAUUCACUCAAGGAAGAUGAAUGUUCACCCGGAUGUCAAUUUUGAAGAACUGGCUCGGUCUACGGAUGAUUUUAAUGGAGCACAACUAAAAGCUGUUUGUGUGGAGGCAGGCAUGCUAGCCCUACGCCGUGAUGCAACGGAGGUUAACCACGAGGAUUUUAAUGAAGGUAUCAUUCAAGUUCAGGCUAAGAAGAAAGCAAGCUUGAAUUACUAUGCAUAGACUGCGAUGUUGUUGUUACGGAUACUGUCAUACUGUGUGAAGUAGUAUCAAUUGCCGGGUACAUUGGUUGACGCAUGUACCUUACUCGAAUUCAUGAAUUUGUAUUUUUACUAUUACAAUUAAAUUUAUUUUGUUUCAAACCUGCUUAUUAUAUAUUGCCUUUGCCCGUACUUGAAAUUACCUUGAGGUUUUCUGGGUUCUUCAAUUUCAGUGGUUUUGACUUUGGAUGCUGUAUUAACUGUUCUGUCGCGUCAGAUUGUGCGCUACUCAAUUAUGAGAUAAUCGUGAUCGAAUCCAUUUUACCGUCUUUGUCAAUUGUCAAGUCAAUGCCACUAGUGUAGUACACAAAAAUGGUAAUGCGAAAUAUCAUUUGCAUUAAAUUUUUUUUUUUUUU